GUAUCCGUCGAAUCCAUCCUUCCCGCCGGAGCCAUCACCCUCCGCGACAACGAGAUAAACGACUACAACGACCGCAACAAUGCCUGCUGGGCCAAGAGCGUCGAGAUAGCCGACUACACCAUCGUCAACGGCAGCGCCACCAACAUCGGCGCUUUUGUUGUGUGGAACAUCCGUGUCGAGACUCUCCAUGGAAGUUACAUGAACAUCCGAAAACGGUAUUCGGAGUUUGAUGAGUUUCGACAUCAACUAGUUUUGACCUUCCCCGGGUUCGAGGCGGCAGUUCCGGAGAUUCCGCCCAAGAGCGUCAUCUCCAAGUUCCGACCCAAGUUCUUGGAAAAAAGACGAGCUGGUCUCCAAUAUUUUCUCAAUUGUAUUCUCUUGAAUCCAGAGUUCUCCGGCUCGCCGGUUCUCAAGGAUUUCCUCUUUGCAUAG